AUGCCUUCACAAUCACAUAAUUAUCAUAAUCAUCGUGAACUUCCGCCAUUAUCAAUACCAUCACCACAUACAACGUAUCCAUCGCCAUCUAUUCGAUCACAAUCAACAUCACCUUCAAUGGCAAUCCCACAAUCGCAAUCAUAUGAUCAUCGUUAUCUACCAUCACAACAUCAUCAUGAUAAUCGUAAUCCAUUAUCAACAUCACCACCACAAUACACUCGAUCAUUGUCGCCAUCACAUUCACCGUCAAUUCCACAAUCAACAUCACCUUCGGCGGCAAUUCCUCCACAAUCACAAUUUCAACCUAAACGUACAUAUGAUCGUCAAAAUUCUCAUCCAUAUACACAACAGCAUAAUCAGGAACAAUAUUCACCACAACCAAAUCAAUUUCAUAGUCCUCCACCACAAGGACAAUCAAUCUUACCUAUGGGAUUUCCGUUUACAAAAAGUUCUAAAGUUAAUCCUGGGGAUUCUUAUAGUCCAAUAGAUAGCAGUCCAACAGCUAUACACCAACAUCAGAAAAAAAAGUCGACAAUUUACGAGGAUGAAUAUAAUCCAAUGAGUCCCAGAUCUGAAAAAGGACUGUUGAAUAUUGAAGAUGAAGAUGAGAAACAAAAGGGAAAAUAUGGUGGAUUAAUGAAAUAUAUAUGUUGCGGCAGUACCAAGAAAAGUAAAUGUAAAAUAUGCGCAAUAAUUUGUUGUGUGUUGAUUUUGAUAAUUAUUGGUGUGGUGGCUGCAGUAGUGAUAUUUGGCAAAAAGCCUCAAGUGGAAUUUCUGGAGCUAGGCCCAUCGCCAAAUAAUGUUGAGGCUUAUGUUAAGACACCAACUGGAUUUGACUUUAAUGUUGGAUUGAAAAUUAGGGUAAAUAAUCCGAAUAUUAUUGGUGCAACCUUUUCAUUUAUCAAUGUGGAUGCUUUCUAUCCGAACUUUGACAAGUCAAUCGGUGGUGGUAAUUUGACCAAUGUGAAUAUCGAGAGUAGAGGCAACACAACAAUAAAUUUUCCAUUUUCGAUUCAUUAUGAUAAAGAAAUUGAUCCAAAUUUUGCAAUUUUGCUCGAUAUUGCUUCAAAGUGUGGAUUGAUUGGAUCAAGUGGAAAACAAAAAAUCACUAUAAAUUACACGGUGUCAUUGUCCUUAAAAGUUCUGAUAUCUUUUCCACCUUAUAGUGUUAAAAGACAAGUAAACAUUGAUUGUCCUCUUCAGGAUGGCAAGAUUCCUAAUAUACCAGGGUUUGAUCCACUUAAAGCAGCAAGCGACUUGAAUCCAAAAAAGAAAAAGAAAUAA